AUGCGGUUUUCAGUAGCACUCAGCAUCGCCGUGACGCUCGGCUGCACAGCUGUUCAGGGCACCAUCCUGGGCUUCAACUCCGGCGCCUCAGACGACAAGGGCAAUGCGAAGAACCAGCAGGACUUCGAGCGCGAAUUCAAGGCAGCAAAGAGCCUGAAUGGCGCGCCCGGCGAGUUUAGCACCAUCCGCCUGUACUCCAACAUCCAGUGGAACACGCCCGACACCCCCAUUGCUGCAUUCUCAGCUGCGGUAGCGACAAACACGAGCCUCCUCCUUGGUAUCUGGGCAUCGGGCACAGACAACAUCGACAACGAGCUGAAGGCGCUGACGGCUGCUCUCGACGAGCACGGCGACAAGUUGGCGAAUUUGGUCGUGGGUAUUUCGGUUGGUAGCGAGGAUCUGUACCGCGUGUCAGAGCCCGGCCUGCGCAACAACGCUGGUGUUGGUCAGAACGCUGACACGAUCGUGCGCUUCAUCAAGGAUGCCAAGUCGAAGCUUGCGAAUACAGCCCUCAAGGGCAAACCUUUCACCCACGUUGAUACCUGGACCGCCUGGGUCAAUGGCUCCAACAAGGCUGUCAUUAACGAGAUCGACUUCCUCGCCGUCAAUGCCUUCCCCUUCUACGAGUCCGAGCUCGACAAUCAGAUUAGCAAUGCCGGGAGCCUGCUGAGCAGCGCUUUGACAGCCACCGAGGGCGUUGCUGGUGGCAAGGACGUCUGGAUCACCGAAACCGGCUGGGCAUACACCGGCCCUGCUUUCGGUGCUGCUCAGGCGACUGUCGAUAACGCCGGCGAGUACUGGCAGGAGGUUGGCUGCAAGCUGUUUGGCAAGCGCAACGUCUUCUGGUACACGCUUCGCGACGCCAACCCAGACAACAAGGUCAAGUUCGCCAUCACCGACGACCUUAGCACCACCCCGCGCUACAAUCUGACCUGCCCGGCCGAGAGCGAGGAGCUGCCUACUCCUGCCCCGAUCAGCAGCAAUUCGACAACCUCAACUGGCAACGGCACCGGCAGCAGUAACAACACCAAUAGCGGCAGCACUGCCAGCGUUUCUGCCAGCGGCUCAGCCAGCGCCAGCAGUACUGGUGUUGCUCAGGGUACAGGUGCCGGAUCUUCAACUUCGGUCUCUGUCGUCAACUCCAUGGCCAUAGCACUUUCCGUGGUCUUCGCUGCUGCGGCUUGGGCUCUGUAG